UCUGUUGGCGCCAGCGCCAACUGGAGAUCAGUUUGAUUCUCGCUCUGAACCGAGACAGAGGAGGUAAGCUGCACUCAUCAGAGCUCCUGCAGAGUUAACUAUAGUCUCUCUCUAGCUCAGUAGUUUGAUCUGAACAGUUCCGGAUCAGUUCCUGCUAGUCUGCGUGUCCUCCGAUGCUUCAAUCAAAGCAGCAGACAGAAGCAGCCACCACCAUGUCUAGACGAAGUGUUCGCCUGCAGAAAAGAUGUGGAAAUGCUACAGAGCAGAGAUGCAAGCAAAGCAACAGAAACAAGAAUCCGCCCCUGUCAACGCUGCAGUGUGAGAAGAACCAGCUGGUGCUUGAAGGUGUCGCCGCCAAGCCUUGUAUUCUCAUCGAGACCUCUGAGAAGGGAGUCUGGGUCGACAGUGACACACUUCUCACUUCCGCAAAUUCCUUGGUUCGGCCGUCGCCUCUGCCUCAUCUUGGGUGGGGAUCUCCUGAAGACGUGUGGGUGAAGAUGGUCGGCAGGGAGCAGAAUUACAGACACAGCAAGGACUUUGUGCAGAAACACCCCACAAUACUACCCCGAAUGAGAUCAGUGCUCCUCGACUGGUUGAUUGAGGUGAGCGAGGCCUAUAGUCUCCACCGGCAGACGUUCUACCUGGCACAGGACUACUUCGACCGGUUCAUGUUGACGCAGAACAACAUUCAAAAGGACACGCUGCAGCUCGUUGGGAUCACCUGUCUUUUUAUAGCGUCAAAGAUGGAGGAAAACUGUCCUCCGAAGCUCUCCCAGAUGGCCUAUAUUACUGCAGACACCUACUACGAAGAAGAGAUCCUUCAGAUGGAGUUAAUCGUUUUGAAGGCGUUGAGGUGGAACCUUUGUCCUGAAACAGCCGUCUCUUGGUUGAAGCUUUACUUCCAGAUGGCAUCGAUGGAAGCCGACUCCGACCUGCUGGAGCCGCAGUUUCCACAGGAUGCUUAUGUACAAAUGACACGUCUUUUAGAUCUGUGUGUCCUCAACAUAAACUCGCUGGACUUUGAGUAUCGAGUGUUGGCAGCCUCCGUCCUGAGCCAUUUCAUUCAACAGGAAACAGCUCAGAAAGUUUCAGGUCUGUCGACAGACGCCAUCCAGCUGUGUGCUAACUGGAUGGCCCCCUUCGUGGAGACGGUGGGCUGCUCCAGCAGAGUGGCUCUGAGGGAUUUUGCCGGAAUCAAGCAAGAGGACAGACACAACAUCCAGACGCACACACACUACAUGACCAUGCUGGACCACAGUCAGAAGGAUGUGACCAGCCAGUUCCUCACUCCUCCCAACAGCACAGAGAAAACCAGCACACACUGAACCACAAGAGGAAGACUCUGAAGGGACUGUGAGCAAAGAGGACGCGGGGUUAAUGUCCCACUAAGAGGACGCAGGGUUAAUGUCCCACUAAGAGGACGCAGGGUUAAUGUCCCACUAAGAGGGGCUCUUUUUACAGGAAACAACUCCUACUACUUUUAACUGGAGUCUGGAUGGGAGUUUUUUUUCACGCCUGCUGAUGUGAAAUUGCCACUGAAUGCAUCAUCCAGGAUAAUAUUUUAAAGACUUUUCUUUCUUCUCAGCCAAAGCUUUUUUUUGCUUGAUGUUUAGCUGUUUUUAGCAACAGGGUGCUAUAAUUCAGAAAAGGAGAAAAUGUUUUUAAAAAAGUGUCAAGUGUCAUUUCUAGGAAAUGAUCUAUUACUGAAAGUGAUGUGCAAUUGUUUACUUUUGUAGCAUAUUAAAUAUGUUCAUAGUCAACAGAUGAUACUGCUUCAGGGUCAGUUGAAAUAUGAAAUUGUUUUUUAAAACAGAUGAUGUUGAAAAGCAGCUACCGUCAGCUAAUCUGUAAACUAAGUGUGAAAAACAGGGAACCACUGAUAUACAGUACGAAUAUGCACCGUCAUGAACCCAGAUGAAAGCCAUGCGACUGAAAGGGCAGGCUGAAUAAAUGGCAUACUCAGUGUUUUUCAGUGAUAUUUCCCAUGCUAUUGUAAAGCCAUUGUUUGUGUAACUCAGGGCUAUGGAUAGUCAGUGAUCUAUUUUCAAAUGAUUGCAAGUGUACAAAUGAGCAACUGUAUUUAUUAGAAGUUUAUUUUCUACCACAAAAUAAAAUAUACAUUCCCAAA